AAAAUAUCCAGAAAGACUUUUCGUUCUUCCCGAUUCUUUGUCGAUGAUGCAGCCAACGGCGAUUGCAUAUUUCUUGUCGCUUUGCGGAUUCCUCGGUGCAGCGACGGUUAACGUAACAUUCGACAACUUGCAAAAACUCAUGUCAACUGCGCUGAAUAAUAUCCAGAAUAAUGUCGAUGUCAAUCUCAACACGUUGGAGCUGAUCAGAAAAGCAGGUUAUCCUGCAGACGCUCAUGUUGUAUUGACGGAGGACGGUUAUCUCUUAACAAUACAUCGUAUUCCAGGUGGUGAAAAUUCUCCAGUCGUCUUUCUGCAACACUGUCUUUUGUGCAGCUCCGCAAUAUGGGUCAUAAUCGGAAAAGGAAAAGCACUACCUUACAAAUUGGCCGAUCAAGGAUAUGACGUUUGGUUGGGCAACUUCCGUGGUAACACCUACUCGAGAGCGCACAUUUCUCUGUCGCCCUCGCCGUCAAACGCGAAAUUUUGGGAUUUCAGCUUUGAUGAAAUGGGCACGUACGAUCUACCCGCGAUGAUCUCAUAUGUUACAUAUCUGACAUCGAAACCAGUGCAUACGUACAUCGGUUAUUCGAUGGGUACGACCACUUUUUACGUGAUGGCAGUAAAACGCCCGGAAGUCGCUAAAAUGGUCAGAAUGAUGAUCAGCCUCGCGCCUGCAGCCUUUGUAGGAAAUUUGUCUGGCGGAUUGCGAUUGAUCAUUCCUUUUGCAAACUCCAUCGAAGCAAUCUUGCGAUUCUUAGGCAUAAAUGAAUUCUUGCCAAAGAACAGUGUAUUGCUGUAUCUGGCGAGAGUGGGAUGCAACGUCAAUCUCUUCACACAACAGAUCUGCGGUAUCAUAGUUUUCUUAAUCAACGGCUUUAACGAUGAACAGUUCGAUUAUCCUUUAUUACCUAUGCUCUUGGCUCACUUUCCGUCCGGCACUUCAGUAAAAACCAUGGCGCAUUUCGUUCAAGGAGUAAGCUCGAACAAGUUUCGCGCAUACGAUUACGGUCGAGAAAAAAAUAUGCAGAUCUACAAUGCGACAAUACCGCCCGAUUACGAUUUAUCGCGUAUCACAGUGCCGAUCGCACUGAUUCAUAGCGAUAACGACUGGAUCGUUAAUGAAAAAGACUUGAAGAUACUUCGUGACUCGCUUCCCAAUAUAGUGGAAGACUACAGAGUGCCAUUUCCCAAAUUCAAUCACGCCGACUUCUUGUUGGCCAAAGACGCACCUACGCUGGUGUUUGAAAAAGUGCUAGAAAUCGUGAAAAACAAAGUGAAUUAAUAACAAAUUAUAAUGCCGGAAAAUUGUAAAUUUCGACAAAAAAUAGUUUCACUUAUAAUAUUUUUGGCCUAAAACACAGUCGCCUAAAAAUAUCUAAUACACGCGUUUAAAUGAUCGUUUUUACCAUUAUCGCGAUAGACGGUAACAAGGGCGUCCACAGGAUUUUUUCUAGGGGUGGACAUGAUCCAAAAUAUUAUUUUUCGAAUUAGCAUACAAUAUAUAUAAAUUUAAAUUAAUACACCUCUUAGUUGUAAAAGCUUUCUCAGCGCGACAAGGUAAGUGUAAGUCGAGAAAGACAUUUGUAUUUUUUUUUUACUUUUUUAUAUUUUUUAUAUUUUUUUUUUUGCUUAAUAUGCAAUUUGGACGACGUCUUUGAUCAAUACAACAAAAAACGGGAGAGUAAAUGGAUUUAAUAAAAACGGGAAAGUAAAUGCUGAAUUUUUUUUCUCUGAUUCCAGGGGGGAAACAAAUGCCCCCUCUUGCCUCCCCCUGUGGACGCCCAUGGAUGGUAAUAAAAAUGGCGAUAUAAACAGAGUGAAAAACCUAAUAUUAUCCUAAUAUGUUCCUAUAUAUUAGAAAAUCGACGAAGUUCGCAUCUAAAUAGAGCAUCGCAACUUUGAAUGUUGAAUGGCUUUUAUGCGGUUGCGAUAUAAAAUGCUGCAAAUUUCCUUUUAUUAAAAUUUAAUCAUGUAAUACUAAAAUAUUUACAU